UCAACAAAGUCAAAGAUGGACGUUGGAGAAAAGAGAAAGAGAGGAAGGCCUAGAUUAACUUAAUCGACCAGAAAGCGGCGAAGACAGGACAAUGUUAAAGAGAUGUCAUCUUCAAGAGUGUAUUUAGGUAUUCAUUUGGAUAGAUGGAAAGCCUUGAUACUACAAAUGGGAUGGAAACGGACGGCGAUGUAGCUAAACAUCUUCUCAACAGCUAUGCCGGUAUAAUUGAAACGGAUACAAGGAGUAAAAUGACAAGCACAAAGCUAACAUCCACCCCCGCAAGUGCGUCAUUUAUAGACGUUGAAAAGACCCCUUCAGUUUCUGAAGUCUCGGCUCCUGAGUCACAAAUGGCCAGCAGGAAAUCACCAAAAUCUCCUGCAAAGACUGAUGAGGCCAUUCAGAGAUUUCAAAAAGAAGGAAUCUGUCUUUCCUGGACCCAUUUGACAUCACUAUUGACAUCACACUUCAAGAAUCUGAUGAGGAGGCUGGUGAUGAUCCAGAUUUUGAACCCGACUUCAACAUGUCAAGUGUACUGCCUGAGAACCUCCAAAACUGCCCUGAUGUGACAUUUGAAGAAGCAGUAUUAGGUCAGGAAGAGGCUGAAGAAAGUGAUGGUGAGGAAGCCGAGGUAGCAAGUCCUGCAGUUGGCCAGAAAAAGAUAGUAAAUGAAGCUGAUAUUGAUGCGCUAUGUAGCACCCCCACCUGUAUUGUAUUCCUCGACCAGCUUUGGCAGAUAUGAAAGUUUCCACUUGUCAGAUAUGCGGCUCCAAAGACAUCGAGAUGUUGGAGAGCUUUAAUGGAUCUGCAGCCAUCAUAGAAUGGGUAUGUCAGGUCAAAAGGCCACAGAAUUACACGCUGGUGCUCCCAACCAACACUGAACAGAGGGGUUUUCUCCAGUGACUUUCUUAUCUCUGCAACAACAGUCCUCUCUGGCAACAACUUUGGAAAGAUGAAACUUUGGGCAGACAUGUUGCAACUGAAGUUUCCAUCAGCCACAAAGUUCUUCCGAAUUCAGCGGACAUACCUUGUGCCUUCUGUGGACCGAUACUGGAGUCUCACCAACGAGACCUGUUCCAAUCUCUUCAUGGAAAGGAUGUAGUCAUACUAGGAGAUGGCCGAAAUGACAGUCCUGAUCAUUCUGCCCAGUAUUGUUAAUAUUCUGUCAUGGACAAUGAAACGAAGAAGGUCAUUAUUCUAAAAACAGUAGACAAACGUGAAACAGACAGAAAGUCAGUUGCUAUGGAGAAGGUGGCACUUAAAGCUUGCCUCGAGGAUCUCUUACAAAACCAGGUCAACAUCACAGAGCUAGUAACAGAUGGCCAUUUAGGAAUCGCAGCAAUGAUGAAUCACCAAAACCUUUAUUUGACUGGCAGGAAUCAAACACUGGCCUUCUUGCAAAAACAAGUGGGAAAACAUUAUGGAAAAUAAUUAUGAGUUUAUGGCCGUUAUGAAGUUGAUCAAUAUUUCAGACUAUUGUAUUGGGGCUAAACAUUGGGCUUUCUCCACUGAAUAAGGAUGUUUUAGGCAGAAAAUAUAACAAUUCUCCACAAUCGGAUAUAUGCUUGUACGAUUAAACAUUCUCAUGAUAUUUGGCAUGAGGCAAAGAACCUUGGGCAAAAAAAUAUUUAAGAUUGUGCUGAAGAAAGAGCAUUCAGUUCUUCGACCAUGGGUCAAGGACAUUGUUAACCACUUUUGGCACUGUUGUAAAGUUGCCCAGACAAUCAAGGAGUUUGUGGAUGGAUACUACGCGUGUAGUCGUGGGCCUCUGAAUCCUGAGGAGAGAAAUAAACCAUGGCUGAACAAGAAAGAAAACUGCAGUACCCUUGAAGCCCUCACAGCCAUUGUCCUUGACAAGCACCUUCUAUCAAAGAUAGCAAACUAUCUGAACUCCAGAAGUACAGCUGACCUGGAAGGCUUCAACCAGCACAUCCUUAUGUAUUGUUCGAAGUGGUUCUCGUACUCGCCACCUGUUUACCGCAUGAGAAACCUCAUAGCAGCAAUCGAUCACAACAAUCAUUUGGAAAGGGAAUUUCAACAUAACAAAGAUGGCUCUGUUAGGCUAAAUCGUGUCUGGAACAAGAAAAGUGGAAGAUGGGCCGUAUACCCUGUGAAAGAGAAGAAAACAUUUCUAUACAUAGAGUCACUGAAGAAGCAGAUAUUGAUGUGUCGCUUGACUGACAAUGUCGGGAUGAGUAGAAGAGCUGUGAUGGAGGAGCAAGACCCUCGACGAAUAUCUAGCCACCUUGGUCCAUUAUCUCCCAAACCAAGCAGGGAAUUGUACAGGGAAUUGUACAGGGAAUUGUACAGCGAACAAGAGUCUAGGUUUAAAAAAUGACAUUUUUUACAGGAUUUCUACUUGCUCUGAUUUUCAUGAAACUAAUGACAAUGGUUUAUUUACUUGUUUGAAACCGUAACACAUGAGGUCAGAAUAGAUGUUCAAACUUAAUCAGAAUGUUCACCUUGAUAUAAUGUUUAGGGAGAGAGUUUGUCACAUACUCUCAAAAACAAGGUCACCUAGUCAAAUCUUUAGAAAUAUUUGGAAAUACUAGAAGCAAUUUAUGUACCCCGACUGUAUAUAUGUACUGUAUGUAUGUAAAUGUAAACUCCAAUAUGUAAAUGUGUGUAUAUUUUUUUUCUUCAGCUAAUUUAGUUACACUACCUUCUAAAUGUGAACACUUAAGAAGUAUAAAUAAAUGUUUUGAUUAUGUAUAAAAGUGAAUGGUACUUUCCCAAAGCCUUUGGUAAAUAGGGUAUAACAAAAGCAGAUUAGAUAUUAUAAAUGUUGCACAUUUUAUCUUCAUUUUAUAUGUGAUAACACGGUGAUUUUUUUUGGUGCAAUUUACUGCCUUCUAAAGGCUGUUUCCCCUUGUGAAAACUUUUCCAUUUUUCACAAAAAUUUAUUAUUUUUUCCCAAUUUGUAAAAUGAAUAAUGUUGAUGAAUAAAAAAGCAAUGAAUGUCUUGAAAAAUAAACAAAAUCUUGACACGACCAACUCUUUCACGGCAUUAAGUAUACAUAUCAUUAUGAAGGUGAACAUGUAUAUUUGCCAUUAUAUUUGCUAUUUUUUUCUGAUUUUGUAUUUUUCCCAAUUUGGACUUUUUUGCACAGGCAGUAUAAAUAUUUCCUAAAAUAUCGCUGUGAUAAUGAUUGUGAAGUUCUCCAAAAAUAACAUAUGUCAAAUUGAA